AUGUACCCUAUCGACCUAUCGGACAAGUACGGCAUCGUCUUCGGCAUCGCCAACCACCGCAGCAUCGCCUGGGCGAUAGCGCAAAUUCUCCAUGACGCAGGCGCAAAUCUAGCCAUCGCCUAUCAGAACGAGCGCGUCAAAAACGGCGUCGCCCGGCUGGUGGAAGACUGGGAAGGCGACACCCCGCUAAUCGAGUGCGACGUCAGCGAUGAUGCCAAUGUGGAGGCAGCGUUCGACACCGUAGGCGACAGGUUCGGCUCGCUCGACAUCGCAGUGCACAGCAUCGCCUACGCUGAUAGAAACGACCUCGGCGGCCCCUUUGUGGACACGGGAAGGGAAGGCUUCCGCCUCGCACUAGACAUCAGCGCAUACUCCCUCUUGCCUAUAGCGCGCUACGGCUCCGCGCUCAUGCAGCAGAACGGCGGUAGCAUCAUCACCCUAACCUUCCAGGCAGCAAACCGCGUAUUCCCCGGAUACAACGUAAUGGGCACAGCGAAAGCCGCGCUCGAAAACGAAGUCAGGCAACUCGCCUCCGAUCUCGGUCAGCAAAACAUCCGCGUCAACGCCAUAUCCGCCGGCCCCCUCGACACCCUCUCAUCCCGCGUCAUCAGCCACUACCGCGACAUGAAGCGCAUCCACGCCGAGCGCUCCCCAAUGCGCCGCAACAUCACCACCGACGAAGUCGCCAAAGCAGCCCUCUUCCUCUGCAGUGACCUCUCCGGCGGCAUCACCGGCGAAAUCCUCCAACACGUGGACACCGGCUACAAUUUUCGGUGA